ACCAACACUGUGAAAUGAAUGUCCUGGGAAAUAAAUCGAGACACAUAAUGUCUCUUCGGUUCUGUUUAUUUCUCAGGUAUGAGCAUCAAAAGCUUGUUUGCUUCCACAAACAGCCAGUUGCAUAAUCCUGAAACAAAAGACAAACGCCGGCGAUUUAAAUGUGAUACCCCCAUGCUCUGGCCUCCCUUUGUACUCUUUGUCUCUGAUCAAAAGGAAUUCUUUAUUGGACCAACACUUUAAAUCCUUAUCUUUUUAUUCCUACUCUGAAUGUUUUUGUUUUGUGAUGAUUGGUCUAUACGUCGGAAUAUCCAGUUGUUUGUAAGCAACAUUUUUUCCAGAUCAGUUUGUUUAUUUCACGGUUCAAUUCGAUCAAAUUUGGAAUGCUACACUCCUGAAUGUCAUAGCGUAGAACCAGUUGACAGUGGGUUCUUGAACGAUGACAGACAAUGGAGCUGAAGAUUUCUACGACGUCGUCGGUUAUAGGAAUCAACAUCGUCAUUGUGAUGUUCGUUGGUCUCAUCGUUCUUUGUGUUCACAAGAAAAACACUAAAGUUGCAUCAGAUACUCGAGUUCGCAAAAGGCACCUCCGAGCUGGGGAAAAUUACAAUGGAAAACAUCGAAUCGACAGCAACCGCAGUAUCAUAUCUAGUGUGGUCAGUUCUAACGAGGAUCUGACGUCAUAUUAUGAAGUGUACCAAAUAAUUGUUCCUACAUGCAACAUGGAUUCUAAAACUUGUACAGUCUCAGAACAAAAUGAGGUGUUUACAAACGACGAGAAAAACAAAAUUGUUUGAUCAAUAUUACAGAGGAGAUUCAUGGUUGUUAGGAGAUAUUUGAAUCUGUUCAAUGGCUUUUGCAUUUAAUUGAUUUAAAUUAUGACGUUGGCGUGAUCGGAAGAUGAAGACUUUGCGUUAAGAGAAGGGAUUCUUGGUGCUAUAUAUGGACCUAUAAAUAAUGAAUUCACACAAUUAUUGAUACAAAACUGUAUUUGUUUAAUCUCUGUGACUGGUAACGUUUGUGACAGAAAUGUCAAAAACAAACCGUUUUAUACUUGAAGUUGACCUUUGUAGCUGAAAGGCACCAUGGGAUAUUCAGUAUAACUUUCUUUCAAUUACCAAUGUUGCCAUUUUUUUCCAUAAGCAAAUCGAUUUCUAGGGCCUCAAAAGUAGCUCUAGUAAAUCUCCAGCAGUCGCCAUGUAAGAGCGACAUUGCUUUGCUGAAGUGGCUUAUAAAAAAAUGUCACUUUAAUCAAUUGGUCAAGGAGUCAUUUAUCCUGAUUACCUCCGGCUCCAAAACGUAUGGUGUUCAGAUUAGUUUGGAGAAACCAUUAAUUACAGUAUUUAUGCUGAAUCUGUGAUAUACUCUGUAUGUGAGGAAGCCUUCUAGGUGUGAACCUCAUGUAAUCAUUCUGUGAAUAAAGCAUUCAUCUCUCAA